AUGCCUGGAUUAAAGCUUCUUUGGGAACACCGCCCGCUAACUCCCGAGGCAGACAUCGCUGCCAUCUCGGCCCUUCGCGUUGCGGUCGAUAUCGGUAGUAAAGAGGCCACGGAGAUGCUCUUAGAGGAAGGUGUGGACCCUAGGGGUAUAGGACGCCUUCCCAACGAAGAAAAUCUAUCCAAGAGCGGAGCCUUUGGGUUUCCACUGUUCAACGCGGCUCAGAAAGGUCAUCUUGAGAUUUUGAAGCUUUUGAUGGACCAUGAUGCAGAUUAUAUGCGGUUAGACCAGGUCGGAAGGUUGCAAGCCAAGGGAUAUGAGGUGGACUGCUUUUAG